AUGGGAUUCCGUUUCCUGACGCUCAUCCGGCCGUUCAUGGCCAUCAUUCCCGAGGUGGCCGCGCCCGACCGCAAGGUUGCGUUCAACCAGAAGGUCCUGUGGACUGUAAUUACCCUGCUCAUCUUCCUUGUCCUGUCUCAGGUUCCGCUGUACGGCAUCAUGUCGUCUGACUCGUCCGACCCGCUCUACUGGAUGCGUGUCAUCCUCGCCUCCAACCGCGGCACGCUGAUGGAGUUCGGUAUCACUCCCAUCAUCACCUCGGGCAUGAUCAUGCAGCUGCUUGCUGGCGCCCAGAUCAUCGAGGUCGACUAUUCGCUGCGCGAGGACCGCGCCCUGUUCUCGGGCGCGCAGAAGCUGUUUGCCAUGCUGAUCACGUUCGGCUCUGCCACAGUGGCCGUGAUGACCGGCCAGUACGGCGACCCCAAGAGCCUCGGUGCCGGUAUCUGCCUGCUCCUGAUCAUCCAGCUGUUUGUGGCCGGCGUGAUCGUGAUUCUGCUUGACGAGAUGCUGCAGAAGGGCUACGGUCUGGGCUCGGGCAUCAACCUGUUCAUUGCGACCAACAUCUGCGAGGACAUUGUGUGGAAGUCGCUGUCGCCGCUGACGGUGAACAACGGCAAGGGCCCCGAGUUCGAGGGCGCCAUCAUUGCCUUCUUCCACCUGCUGCCGUUUACGCGCUCGACCCUGCCGAACCUGACGAACCUGAUCGCCACCGCGCUGGUGUUUGCCGUGGUCAUCUACCUGCAGGGCUUCCGCGUCGAGAUCCCCGUCAAGUCGGCACGGUUCCGCGGCCACCGCGCGUCGUUCCCGAUCAAGCUGUUCUACACGUCCAACAUGCCGAUCAUGCUCCAGUCGGCGCUCGCGUCGAACGUGUUCAUGAUCUCGCAGCUCCUGUACCGCCGGUUCCCCGACAACCUCCUUGUGCGCCUGUUUGGUGUCUGGGAGCCGUACCAGGGCUCGUCGCAGUUCUUCCCCACCUCGGGCAUCGCCUACUACAUGACGCCGCCGCGCUCGGCCGUCAGCACGCUCAAGGACCCGAUCCACUUUGCCCUGUAUGUGACGUACAUGCUGACGGCCUGCGCGCUGCUGUCGCGCACCUGGCUCGAUGUGUCUGGCUCGGGACCGCGCGACGUUGCGCGUGAGCUGCGCGAGCAGCAGACGGUGAUCGCCGGCUACCGCGACACCGCAUCAUCCCGACCUGCUGCUGUGGUCGGUGGUGUGAUCAUUGGUAUUCUGUCGAUCUCGGCUGAUCUGCUUGGCGCCAUUGGCUCGGGCACCGGUAUUCUGCUGGCCGUCACCAUCAUCUACAACUACUUUGAGACCUUUGCGAAGGAGCAGGCCGAGCUUGGCGGUCUGGGUGUUGGCGGCAUGUAA